AUGAGCAGGAAUGAGACAGAAAGACUGGUAAGAUUUUCGUUUUUAGUGAAAAGAAAAAUAUUUUCAUUGCAUUUACUUAUUAUAAUAAUUCAUUCAAUUAUUCUAAAACAGAGGAACACAAAAAAACUCGCCAAGACUUAUAAAACAAACGGAAUCACGUUAGAGUUUUUUGAAAUACCUAAAAUUAAAGAAGAAGCCGAAGAAGCCAUGUUGAAGGAGCAUUACCAUGAAUCUGUAAAACCCUAUACAGCGUUUUUAGAAGCCACAAGGGCAAAGAACUUUGAUUCGGUUGAAAUGCGUUUUCCGACCAUAGCAGAAGAAUAUCCAAAAGACAAUGCAUUUACUCAAAAAAGGGCCAAAAAAUUAAUCGCAGGUGGAAUCCAAUUCUAUGAUAGAUGAAGAUAAAACUGUUCCUUUAAAUUAUAAAAUAUAACAAUACGGACAC